AUGUCUAGAACAACAAAUUAUAUUGUUCAUGCUCGUUUUAAUGGAGACACAUACAUCUCUGAAAAUUCCGGUUUUGGGUUUCAAAAUACUGAUGUUAUCCGAUUAACAAUGAGCAGAAAAUCAAUUUUUUUGCAUUUCAAAGAGCGAAUAGAGUCGGAGAUAUUGUCUGGUCCAAUCACUCAAAUCAUAUACAGAAGUCCCGUUUUCUUUGACAACAAUCAGGUCAAGUAUUUUCAAGAGAAUAUACAAGACAACAGCGAUGUUCAACAAAUGUUUGAUAGUCAUAAACACUCUGGGUUCGACUAUAUCGAGGUUUAUCUAGUACUCUGCCAGACUCAACACGAAGUUGGUGAAUCUCAUGACGAAACAAUGGAUCUAGAUGAAGUUGAUGUUGUGGACGAGGAGGAAGAAAACCUGAGGCCAUGGUUGAUCAAAUGGUUAAUUUGUUCGGGACUGGGGACUACAUCGCAAUAA